GCUCUACCGUUCAAGUAUUAAUGAGAAUAGCGAUUUAUUGGUAUACGCUCGUCAAGAUAUAAAAUGCGGACAAGGUGAUACGAUCGGCAAUGAUGUAAAAUCGAAAUUGAUUACUGUUGUUAUUCGCGACUCGAUAUAGAACAGAGUGUUCCCAGAGUUACGUUCAGUAAUUAUCUCGUGCUGUUUUCAGCAGGUGAAAUUUCCACAAAAGUCGUGCAUCAUGAAGCUCGAUUUGACUCUGACAAUCGCAAUCAACAUCCUUCUGAUCUUAGACGCAGUACGCGCGUAUCGUCUACGUAUAAAAAUAAAUCCAGAUUGUGAAUGUGGAAUAACAGGAGGAAUAUCGAAUCGUAUUGUCGGCGGAAAAAUAACGAUUCCGCAUAUAUUUCCUUGGGUCGUAGCAAUACUUAACAAGAGAACUCUUCAUUGUGGAGGCACGUUAAUUAAUAACCGAUAUGUGUUAACAGCUGGACAUUGCGUUAAAUGGACAAAUUAUGACGAUCUCUCAGUCGGCGUAGGUAUGCACGAUAUCGAAAACACACAUGAGGGAUAUAUAGUUGAAAUUGAUAAUAUAAUUUUACACGAACAUUUCGAGAGUGAUUAUCUCCAUGAUAUAAAUGACAUUGCUUUGAUUCGACUACAACAUCCAGUUAGAAUUGAUGAAAACGUAAGACCUGCAUGUCUCCCGCAUAAAGGUGCUGAUUAUACGGAACAGUACGUCAAAGUUGCCGGCUGGGGACGUGUUUCAGUGGAAGGAGAACCUUCCCGAUUUUUGCGUCAAGCCACCCUGAAAGUAAUGUCUUUUGCAGCAUGCAGGAAUACUUCAUUUGGCGAGCAUGUCACAAAAUCGAUGAUAUGUGCUUACAAUGACAAUACUGAUGCCUGUCAGGGUGACAGCGGCGGACCUCUUCUAUAUCCAAGAAUAGAUGGAAAAUUUGAAAUAAUUGGAAUAGUUUCCUGGGGUAUUGGAUGUGCUGCUCCUGGAAUGCCAGGUGUAUACGUGAAGAACACGGAUUACCUAAAUUGGAUAAAAUAUCACAGCAGAGAUGGUAUUUUUUGUAUAGAUAGAUAGAUUCCGUGUAUAACAGAUAUUAAAAAAUAAAUGUAAGUUCAACAUUAAACUUUAGUUAUUUAAACUUUAGUUUUAAUAUAAAUAUUGAUUAGAUAUAAAUUUUUGGAUACAUCAAUUUUUAUUAAAUAAUAAUAAGAUUACAAAUCUUACGAAAAAUUAUAGUAUUUGUGUUAUUAAAAUAAUUGUUUUAAUUUUUUAAAACGUUAUAUGUAUAUAAUCUCUUAUUCACAGACUCACUAAUACAAUACCAAUGCAAUUUUUUAAAACACGAUACGCUCAAUAUUAUCAGGUCACGUCGACAAUACCACAGCAUGAGUAUUUCAUUAUGGACAUGACUACAAUCUGCAAUAAUCAUAAUUCUUUUUAUGUCGUUAACAAAUCAGGAGAUGCUUUCAAUUCUAUCAUUCAUACAAUUACUUUUGCUGUAUUAGCGAUAACGCUUCGAUCGUUUGAUGAAACAAUCAGAAUUCCAUUAAAAUGCAUAUGUUAACAUUAUUACAACAUUAAUAUAAUUAAUAUUUCCAUAACGCUGCUUUAAAAAAAAAAAACAAAAAUAGCAGUUUAUUUUUUUUAUUUACAUAUACCAAAAGACAAUCAAUUCUAAGUAUAUAUAUAUAAACAUAAAAAUUACAUUCUUAUCUGUCAAGAGACGCUAUCAUUAAUCUGAUAUUUUUAUGUAAGUUAUAUGUUUUACAAAAAUAUCUCAGGAAUUAAUGUCUAAUAAAAAUUUUAGUAACACUUUAGUAACAUGUCCAAUGUAAUGUCCAAUAAAAAUUUAGUAACACUUUAGUAACAUGAUAUAUAAUUAAAAAUACUUUAUAAUAAUAUUAAUUUUCAAAGUUUUAUUUUUAGCUUUUGUUUAUAAAAUAUCAUCUAAAAACAAGUUGUAUGUAAGUAUUGAUGAUCUUUCUUUAUUAUUGCAUGUAAAGACUUACACAUUAAUUUUUUAAUUACAAGUUGCAGUAAACUUGAAUCGUAUAUAAUUGGACGGCUUUUUAUUGCUAGAAAAUAUGGCGCUAAUUAAGAAAUACUAAUAUUAACUUUUUAAUUAAAUUAAGUAAUUCUUUUAGAAAAGUUCAAAAUUUAAAGUUGUGCAAUAAUAUAAAAAAAUACGGUAUGUGUUUCAAAUCGUAUAAUAUAUAUAUGUGGAAAGGUUGUAUGUAUGUGCAUACAUUUGCAUUGAUUCUACAACACUUUCUCUUUAUUUUAAGUAAAUAUAUUUUGUAAUGAAACACUAUGUUUCUUUAUAAACAAAACCAAAUUUUUUAAUCUAUUUUUGUGGCGGAAUCGCAUCACCACCUGUUUCUCUUAGAGUUAUAUUUUUAUAAAUAACAUUUUAAGUAGUAAAUAUUUCAUAACUUUGAAUCUAAGAUAAUUUAAAUAACACAUUGACUAAUGUAAUCAUUAAGUUUUCUAUUUAAAAUAUUGAUUAGUAACAAAACUAUUGUGUACAAAAUAUAAAUCUUCUUUUCCUCUACUAUUGAAUAAAUUUAAACAACUCAUAAGAAAUAAAAGAAUCAAAAGACUAUAUAUAAAAUAAGAAAACACUUAUGAAUACAAUAUGAGUUUGACGACAUUAACCUUCAACGGUCACCCCCUGUCACGAUAAUCCUGACAAAUUUUUAAUUCAAAGUUCAUAUUUAAAAUUUCGAGAAAUGAAAAAAA